CAGUAACGCGAACGGCAGCGCGAGCGCGGCCUGUGCGGCUCGUGGCUCGCGGGGCGUGUUCUUGAAGGCGGCGCGCCCUUCCCAUUCGCCAGUGACUGCCGAGUACGGCCCGCCUCCGCCCCGGCCGCCCCGCGCGGUUCGCGUUCGCCGCUCCCGCUCAGUGCUUCGCGAGUCUUCGGCGGCGUCGCACGUGUUGCGAGCUUACAGAACACAUUUAUCACGUUACAGACGCAGUUCCUUCUUACCGGAUAACCGGUCGCGACGUAACGCGGCGGCCGCCGCGUGCUUAUUAAGUUCGGGGUCGUCAACGGACUCGUCUCGCCAAAAAUCAUUUUAUAAAGCGCCACAAGACCUACGGUUUUCAAGAGCCGCCAGAGUUGCCAGAGCCACCGCAUCGUUGUCAAGUACAGACGAAUCAUUUGGAGAAGCAGUUACAUUUAGACCACCAAAGGGCACUCGGCAAUUACCAACAACUGUGUUUUGGGCAACUACAAAGGAAUCGUCCAAGGCAUCAGUACCGUUUAGACCAUCACAAGGGAUACUCCAACUACCAGCCGACAUAACCGCGGGACUUUGGGCAACUUCGGGCGAACCAUUUAGUGAAGCAGUACCAUUUAGAUCACCUCAAGACCAACGCACUUUACCAGCCGCCAGAGCUCCUGAACCCGCCAAAGCUGCCGUUUGGGUGGCAACUUUGGACAAAACUAUAACUGGACCUGCAAUCAUAAAAAUACCAGAGAGCAUACACCAACUAAGGCUUGCCAGGGCUCCCUUAGCGUUCGAAUCUGCCACCCACCGUGCCCCAGCAACCGCCGGCGGUAUGCCGGCAGAGGAGGAGCCCAUCAAUAUGGAAGGCAGAGAGACGCCGCAACAAUUCUGCCUAAGGUGGAACAAUUACCAAAGCAAUUUAACAUCAUGUUUUGACCAGUUACUCCAGACGGAAUUAUUCGUAGAUGUAACUCUGGCGUGUGAGGGCCAAAAAUUAAAAGCGCACAAAUUGGUGCUUUCGGCAUGCAGCCCAUAUUUCCAAGAACUUUUAAUAGAUAACCCGUGUCAACAUCCCAUAAUAAUUAUGAACAAUGACAUUAAAUAUUGCGAUUUAAAGGCGGUAGUAUAUUAUAUGUACCGUGGCGAAAUAAAUGUGUCCGAAGACCAAAUACCUGCGUUGCUGAAGGUGGCUGAGACGCUAAAAAUCCGCGGCCUGACGGACGUAAGCCCCUCGCAGUCAAUGUUGCACGAAGAGGGCCGUACACCCAAAAGGACCAUGACUCGGGAUAAGUCGCCACAACCGGAGCGCACGCGCCGUCGCCUUUCAGAAAACCGCGAGGCGGCCGCUCCUGCCGACCUGUCCGGCUCCCGCGGCGCCUCGCCCGGAGACGCGCCGCCGCCGCCGCCGAUGCCGCCGCUGCCCACCGACGACGCAGACAUCAGGCCCGGCAUCGCGGAAAUGAUUCGGGAGGAGGAGAGG